UGAGUCAGGGCACACAUGCCUCAGCAGUAAGAGGCUCCACUCCCGUUGGCUGGCCAGCAUCCCAGGGCAGACGCACAGAGAGAGAGAGAGAGAGAGAGAGAGAGAGAGAGAGAGAGAGAGAGAGAGAGAGAGAGAGAGAGAGAGCAAGAAAGAGAAAGACUGAGAGGACUAAGAGUAAGAGAGAGAGGAGGAAAAGAAAGACAGCAAGUAGACAAGUAGACUAGAAAGUGGGAAGAGGAAAAGCGGCAAAGAAGUGGAAGAGUAAGUGUCCCUUCAUAGAAAGAAAAGUAUUUGGAUUUGACUUUUGGUCAGGGUGGCCCCUUAAGGUUUGUUUUCCCGGUAGUGUAUUUAUAUCCUGAGUGAUCGUGAGAGCUGAGCGGUGUGUGUUUGGACUUGACAGCCAUGGCGGAUCCAGCAGGCUUGCAGCAGGAGCGAGUGGCUCUGACCGAGGUGUCUGACGACGACGAGGAGGUGUCCCUGGUGGCCGCAGCGGUCCAGCCCGCCACCGACAGCGAUGAAGACGACAUUUCAGAAGAAGUGGACCUGGUGCUGGCCACAGGCUCGGGCACCAAGAGUGAGGCGCAGGUAAACGGGGUCAUGGUGCUGACCCUGCUAGACAAGAUCAUCGGGGUGGUGGACCAGAUCCAGCAGACCCAGAACGGGCUGGAGGCCAGACAGCAGGACAUGGAGAAGUCUGUGUCUUGCAUUCAGGGAGAGCUGGCCAAGCUGUCCAAGAGCCACACUGGCACGGCCAACACCGUCAACAAGAUGCUGGACAAGGUGCGCAAGGUCAGCGUCAACGUGAAGACGGUCCGCACCAACCUGGAGAAGCAGGCAGGCCAGAUCAAGAAGCUGGAGAGCAAUGAGAACGAGUUGCUCAAGAGACGGCACUUCAAAGUCCUCAUCUACCAGGACGAGAAUAAGGCCGCUAAAGCCUCGCUAAAGUCGUCCAAGGCGGCAGAGAAUGUAGUUAAGGGCUGCUCUGUGGAAGGGGGGCUGGAGCAGAUCCCUGAGGAGGGGGGUGAGGUGGCGCACACUGGCCUCAACUCAGACGAGGAGGUGGAGAUUGAGGAGAUCAUCGAAGAGUCCCGGGCGGAGAAAAUCAAACGCACCAGCAAGGCACGCGUGGACAACAUCAAGAAGGUCUUCUCCAAAGAGCAGAGGGAGAAGAGAGUGCAGAAGACCAAGGAAAACCUAGAAAAGACCAAGCAGAAGACCAAGGAUAACCUGGAGAAGACCCGGCAGAAGACCCACGACAAGCUGGAGAAGACCAAGCAUAGCCUGGAGAAGAAGAUGGGCAAGCUGGGCAACAAGAUGACCCCCAACAUGGAGCGGAAGGAGAAGUUGAAGGGCUCCAAGGAGAUGUUGAAGAAGUCUCUGACUCCCGACCACACCGUCUACGCCCGUUCCAUGACAACCGUGUACCGCGUGCCUCCUUUCACCUUCCACGUGAAGAAGUUCCGGGAUGGAGAGGUGGAAGUGGUGCACACAGAGGGCACAGAGAUGGUGGAGGUGGCCGAGAAUGAGGCCCUGCAGGCAGGAGAGGGAGACGUGGAGGUGGAGGAGCUGGUGAGAGUAGUAGACACCCCAGAGAUGGCUGCUGUCCUGGAGUUGGAUGAAGAGGAGGGGGAGCUGGUGAGAGUAGACACCCCAGAGAUGGCAGCUUUCCUGGAGGUGGCUGAGGACCAGGUGGCAGAGCAUCUGAUCAGGCUGGAGAGUAAGCUCCCUGUGGUGAAGACAAACAUGAAGACAACCAGCAAAUAACUCUGUCUACAGGGCCCAGCAGGAAUGAAAAAAUGAAACGAUAGAGGGAUGAGGAGACAAAGGAGAAGAGAGAGGAGGAGAGUAAGGAAGAGGAGAGAGAGAUACUAAGUGUUUACGACAGUGACACACCAUGCACGAUAAGGGCUGUCUGGACAAUGUUCACAAUCUACUCAUCUUAUAAUAAUAAUAUAAUAUGCCAUUUAGCAGACACUUUUAUCCAAUGUGACUUACAGUCAUGCGUGCAUAC